AUGCGUUGUUUUGGCAGCCGGAAAAAGUCCAAGAAGAAGCAACUGCAAGAACAAAUUGCUCAGCUUCACCAAGAAUACAAUGAAUUGAAACUCAAGAAUAAUGAAUAUAUCGAGGAAAUUGCUCGCCAGAAAUCCGAAAUCAAAGCCAUACAAACUUCAUUAAUUUCGUCUCCCCCAGCAACAAGCGAUGUUACCCACUUGGAGGAUAAGCUACGGGAAACCAACCAUCGCAUUCAAGCCAAGGAUCAAGAGAUUGACAAGUUGCAAAAUGACUGGAAGAGCCGAACAGUAAAUCAAUCUGAAACGAUCCAUCAGCUACUAAAGGAAAAGGACCAGUUGCUAUGCGAUAAGGAGAACCAAGCGACAGCACUUCAACAGCAAUGGGAAGCUAAAUGCACUGCCAUCAUAAAAGCAGCAAAAGAAAAAGCAGUUCAAGAACUCCAAACAUGGCGUCAACAGAACGAUGAGACCCAAAAUCGAGUACAUGAAAAAGAUAAAGAAAUAGAAAUACUACGAAAUCAACUGAACCAGCCGGUCAUUGAGUUUGAAGACGAGGAGUUGGACAAAGAAACGGCGUCCAUGGUCAACGAGGAUCUGCAAUCAAAUCCGGAUAAGGUGAUUCUUUGCAAUCAAAUACAAGAUAUGCAACGCCAAUUAGAGGCGGCCACGGAAUCUCUGGAUAUGAUGGUUUCAACACAUCAAACGGAAUUAGCUGCCAAAGAAAAGGCACUUUUAGAAUGUCAGCAAACUAUCAACCAUGUUCAAACCGAAAAUAAUCGAGCCAUGGAAACCCUUGAGAAAAAGUUUGAGUGCAACGUUCAGGAUCAUGAACAACGAUUCAGAACCGAAUUGAAUGCUCUCACGCAGGCAAUUCAGCGAGCAGAGAAGCAAGCCAAGUCCAAGGUGCAUGAUGAUGUCGAAAAAUUACUUUGGGAGUUUGAGCAGACCGAGCAUGAUGAUCGACGUACAUUUAGCAAUCCAUGCACACCGUCCGUCAGUAUCACCCAACGCGAAGUGUCACCACAACCUUCUAAAAGCUCAACGUUGGCUCUGAGUCCUGCUGUGUUCCGAUCCACCUCCAGCAAUCUGCUCAAAUGGUCCGCUCUGCAACAGCAGAAUAAAGUGGCCGAAGUAAUCCCUAAAGACCCGAAAGAGAUCCACGUUUAUAUUUCGAGUGUGACAGGCAAUGCCGCCAUUCGUCGCGACCAAGAAGCCAUGCAGACAAGUUUGACGAAACUAAAUAUUCCCUUCCGCACCAUGGACGUUGCCCAAAGCGACUCAGCCCUCCAACACAUGCGUCGUCAAUGUAAAGGCAAUAAGCAACUGCCCUUGUUAUUCGUUGGUGGUCAUUAUUGCGGGCAAUUGAAGGACCUAGAUACAGCCAUUCAAAUGGGCACGACCUUUGAUUUACUACAGCCCCGUUCCUCCACCUCUUUGCAGCCAACCCCCGAAUUAUCGUAUUCAUCUUCUUUCUGUUCUCCAGCUCGACCCAACAACGCACCUUCAAAAACGGUCUCCAAACACUGGAACGAGGAUGAUGAGGCCUUGCUUAAAGAAGUUGAAAAAGAGCUCAACUCGUGGGACUUGUCAAAGAUCGAUGUUGUAACUUUAAUAUGA